AUGGCAAAGCAUUCUCGUUUUUUCAGAUUUGAACGAGUUUAUUUGCGGGAUCUUUCCGAGCUCCCCCCCGGCAGUGUGGUGGAUAUUUUGGCGUUUGUUGCGGAGGCGAAGGAACUAGAGACGGUCUUAUCCAGGGCGAUGCAGCUGCCGCAAACAGCACUCGUUAAUACUCCUUUGAUAGCUAUUAAAGCUCAGAUGCAAAUAACGUUUAUACAUCCCCCCGCAUCAGCAGCAACAAAGAAAAAUAUAGAGACAGAGACAGAGACAGAGACAGAGACAGAAACAAAAGCACAAAUAGAGUCAAGAACAGAGACGGAGACAGAAACAGAAACAGAAACAAAAACAAAUAUGAAAGAAUUACACCUUACUGGGCCAGCUGGUGUUGCUGCAGCAGAUGUGCAGCAGCAGUUUGAGUGGUUUGCUGCUAGAGGAGAAGAGCUUCUCUCCUCGCUGCAAGACAAAGGAGUUCAAUCUGUGUUUCCCCUCACACUGUCUUCGGUUCGCCGAGAGGUGCAGCAGCUGCAGGGGGAGGCAGUGGACUCGAGCAGAGCCUUCAGUGUGAGGGCCAGCCUCUUAGACUUAGAGGGGGGGCAGCUCUUCUGGCUGACCGCUAUCGACCAGACAAACAAAAGGAGAGACAACUCAACAGCAAGGACAGUCUUAUUGCUGCUGCAGCAGCAGCAGCAGCAGUAUGUGUCUGUAGGUUUGCUGCAGCAGCAGCAUUUAUAUUAUCUCGUGGUUGCUUUGCUGCUGCAGCGCAUGCCCCCAGUGCAAGCGGAAGCUGCAGAAGACAGCAGCAGCGCCGGCUUGCUUUGCUGCUGCAGCGCAUGCCCCCAGUGCAAGCGGAAGCUGCAGAAGACAGCAGCAGCGCCGGCUGCUGCGGGCGUCCUCACCUGCACCGCCUGCCGCAAGGCAGUGAAACCCGAGCAACGGUGGAAGCUGGGGCUGAAAUUAAUUGACGGAUCGGGGACGAUCGACUGCGUCGCUCUGGGGAGGCAGGGCCAGGAAAUAAUGAAAAUAGUUGAUGUGACAGCUGAAGGCCUCAGCAAGCUCGAGGCUGGAGGCACAGACACCCGGGGCCGCACCUUCACCGACAUUCUGCAGCAACUCAUUUUCGCGGAAUUCAGGUUUGAUCUUGUCGCCAAGUGCGGUAUCUACAAGGAGAACAAGACAGUGCAGAUACUUGUACGGAAAGCUUCGCAUGCGAGCGAAGACAUUUGGCUGCAAGUGCAAGAUAGCGUACGCCUCACAGAAAGACUCCUCGCCUCUCAUCAUGCUGCGGGCCAGCAGCAACUUUAG